ACCUGUUAGACUGGCCAAAAAACAAAAACCUCCAACUGAACAUACAUCCAACACUACUAGACUACUUUUACUCAGUGAUCAAGGAUGGGUAUAUUUCGAAGCUAUUAUUCGGACCCACUUACUGAAUCAUCAUCAACGUCUGAUCAUAGCAUGCGCAGCUCCCCUAGUAGAGCUAAUUUUUCUGAUGAGGAAGUUAUGUUAGCUUCAAACAACCCCAAGAAGCCUGUGGGGAGGAAGAUGUUUCGUGAAACUCGACAUCGAGUAUACAGAGGAGUGAGGAAGAGGAAUUCAGGCAAGUGGGUUUGCGAAAUCAGAGAACCCAAUAAGAAAUCAAGAAUUUGGCUUGGCACUUUCCUCACCGCACAAAUGGCGGCAAGAGCUCAUGACGUGGCGGCUUUAGCAUUAAGGGGUCGUUCUGCUUGCUUGAACUUUGCUGACUCUACUUGGAGGUUGCCUAUCCCCGCUUCCGCCGACUCCAAGGAUAUUCAGAAGGCGGCCGCUGAGGCCGCUGAAGCCUUCAGACCAUUAGAGUCGGAAGGAAUUUCAGGAGAAUCUAGCAGUACUCCUGAAACGUCGGAGAAUACAAUUUCAGGAGAAUCUGACAGUACUCCUGAAACGUCUGAUAGUACUAUUUCAGGAGAAUCUAACAGUACUACUGAAACGUCCGAGAGUACGUUCUUUAUAAAUGAGGAAGCACAAAAGAGUAGGUUCUUUAUGGAUGAGGAAGCGCUCUUCUACAUGCCGGGAUUAAUUACUAAUAUGGCGGAAGGACUAAUGCUACCUCCACCUCAAUGUGCAGAAGUUGGAGAUCAUGUGGAAGUUGAUAGUUACAUGCCUUUAUGGAGUUACUAGUGCGUAGCUCGUGCUUCGCAGGGUACAAUCACAACAUUAAUAUAUAAGGGAUUAAUUGAUAUUAUUAUAAAUUUACUCGAGAUAGAAUAGAUUAAAUUUUUAUGUAUAUGCAUACAAUAAUUAAUAUUAUAUCAAAUAAAAGUUAUGAUAUAUUUUAUAGAA